AUGGACAGGCAAAUCUUUAUUUUUGAAAUUCCAGCGGGAUCUGUCAAUGUGUUUCUGGUUCUCACUCUCACAAUCUGGCUAAUCUUCUACGACCGAAUUCUGCUGCCAUUACUAGCAAGAUUCACCAGCAAGCCACGUGGCGGGCUUACUUCUAAAGUUAGGAUGGGAAUUGGUUUGCUACUUCCAAUUGCAGCGAGGGCAAUGUCAGCAGUAGUAGAGACCAUAAGAAGAAGAACUGCCAUUGAGGAAGGACUAGAAGACCAACCAGAUGGUGUGGUGAACAUGUCAGUAGCCUGGCUUUUGCCACCAAUUAUCCUGCUUGGAUUGGCUGAAGCGUUUAACUCAAUCGGACAGAUAGAAUUCUACUACUCUCAGUUUCCUAAGAGCAGGUCUAGCAUUGCGGUGGCUCUUUUCACUUUCGGAACCGCCGUGGCUGAUUUGAUAGGGAGUGGUUUGGUGGACGUUGUGGAUAGAGUUACAUCCAAAGGAGGGCAAGAAAGCUGGUUUGUCAAGUAA